GACUGUUUUUGCAGCUCAAAGUUGGGUCUGCUCCUUUUGCCCUUUCGACCAUACAUCUGCCUCACGACCAACGGGAGGAUGCUUUUGAUGUAUGGACUUCCACUCUUGAACAACUUACCCAGGCCCUGGGGAAUGUUCCGGUGGGACACUCGGUCUUUAUUGGCGGGGACUUCAACCAGCCCCUCCACACGACCCAGGACACUUUCUCACCCAUGGCUCAGUUGCGUCUGCUCAUAGCUCGCUUCCGCCUCAGAGCCUCAGAAGAUGUCGGACCCACCUGGCAUGCCCGGGGGCUGGAAGCACCUUUGGACUUCAUCCUUUUUAGGCAUGAGGGCAUGUUAGGCUCGGCAACUAAAUGCGAGGACCUCAGAGUGGCUCUGCCCUCGGACCAUGAUCUAGUCUCGGUAUUUUUCCAGUCCGCCCCUCAGGCGCGCAACCGCAACAGGACGCGACGGGACCGAUGUGGUAGAUGGUGCCUGCAGACGGAGAACUGGGAACAUGCUUUAUCCCAGAUGCCGGAUGACCCAACGGAGGCUGACCUUGCGUCUGCCUUCAGCUCCUGCUCCUUCCGGCCUAAGUUCCCGAGGUAUCGAGACUCAGAAUUCAUCAAAGACCUUAUUCGUCGCCGUAAGGUCUCGGUGAACCCAGAUGAACGUGCAGCCCUGGCACAAGAGAUCGCCUAUCGUAGAGCCGAAGACAAGGCCUCCUUUAAGCAGGCCAUACUUGAUAGAGCCCGAACAGGUGACUUUGCAGCCAUUUCGCACCUUCGGCGAAGCGCUGCGCAAACCAAGGCUUUCUAUGAUGUCAAAUACGACACAAAGGGACCGGGACCCUCCGAUGUCCUCAUUGAUGCUUUGCGAGAUCGAGCCAAAACAGGGACUGCUGCGGGCUCAGAUGGAGUUACCUAUGAGGCUCUGCUCGCUUUUGCAGCCUCAGACAAGGCUGGACAGUUUGCCUGUAGAAAGGGCUCGCAGGCAAUUGAUGGAGCCGCGGCCGCAUCCUUACUCCUCCAGAUCGGGAGUGCCCGCCUCCAGCAUAGGUCCGACCUAACCAUGCUACCUGGGCAUUAUGGCAGCUAUGCCAGAUGGCCCUCUUGGGAAUUGCCACACCUCUUGCUGUAUGCAGAUGAUAUUCUCGUUGUGGCCAGAGGACUUCAGGUCAACCGCGCCAAAUGCUCCGUCCUCGAUACACCCGACGGCUCAGGAAUUUUUAAUGCCCGCCGUCUCCCCGCAGUCCGCAAAGUCAAGCUUUUCGAUUUAUAUGCCUGGCGUUACUGGGGCCAUGCUGUGCGAAACCAGUUGGACACCCCUCUUCGUUACCUCGCGUGGCGUUACUCCACCUUUACCCUGAUGUCGGGGGAUACCUCGCCAGGCUGGGUUGUUAACGCCCCCCUCAAGAAAUUUCAAUUGUGCUUUGGCAUGAUUCGCUCCGCCUCGCGCCCGGCUAUAUGGGAAACAGCUGCUCAGGACAGAGUCAUGUGGCAACAGUUAUACCCGCUCUGGAGAUGCCACUGGGCGAGAGAUCGACUCAACACAGACUUGUUGGGCCGCCAACUGGUUAUCAUCAACCUCGAGGAGGCCGCCCUCAGACCCUUCCGAUUCUUUCCUGAGGAGGACUACAUCAACUCCAUCUGCUACAUACACCCCAUCAGUAACAUCCCCUCAGGAGCCCUCUUGUGGGCACAGUGCGACGAGGCUGGGGUCAGCGUCGCAGUGAUUCCCCCGUCUCGGGAGGAAACACAAGCACUUUUCCUGCAAGAAAGACAUCACCCCACCCAAACCUCCGAGAAUGCCAGAGAGAUCAGUUUGAGCCUGCGCUUGCGCUACAACACUUUUGAUCGACAGGACCAGCAGCAUGACCUCAUCAGACGCACCUUUGUGUACGGGACGAAGGCUGGUAAGAGAUGGCAGUUUCACGAACUGCAACUUCUCUGUCAGGUCCGUGGUCUAGAUCGCCCUCCUGCGAAAGCCAUGGAACUGCCGGGUGGUUUCGUGAUACCUGGGGCUCCCCACCUUCGCGACUUCCCACCGCUGCUGCCACGACGUGUGUACGACGUCCUCGACACGGUGCCCCCAAGGAUGUCAUCCCUACUUGCUGCACGGAUGCGCCUAUACAUACGUGAUAUGCGGGUCUCCUGGGGAUGGUUCUGUGCUACCCUCUUCGAGCUCGAGGAGUAUGCGAGCGACCUCGACCGGGUCCUUCGUGAAAACGAUACCCUCGACCCCGAUGAUCCCCCUCUCUCAGAAGACGAUGUGUCCUACAUGCAUUUCUUGCUGGCAGAAUGGGAAGUUUCCUUCGACCACAGUUGUGAGAAUGUGGUGUGGUUCUUCUUUAAUGCUCAUCUCCCAUGUUGGCGAAUUGUGGGGAUGGUGCAUCUUCCGCACCUACAUCCCUUUUUCGCCCUCCAGUCGGAUGAACUCCACCAGUACUUGGACGAUCUGCCAGCCUUGGACCAGUGCCUGGCAGCCAGGGAAAUCCAAUAUCAGUUCAGAUCCUGCCGAAACACGUGGCCAGAGUACUGGUUCUUGCCAGCGCUGGCCCGCUACAUCGACAGCCAUUUGGACGUCCUGUAUGAAGUUCCCCUCUGGCCAUAUCAGGAGCCCGCCGAGAGCUUCUGGGACCGACGCUUUGACAUGGUGGGAGAUCGGCUCAAACAAGAGGUUUCGGAGCUUGUCUCCCGCUUCGAGAUGACCUGCGAAUUCAUUGCAUGGAACGAGUUCGGUCCCUGCAGUCUUGACUUGGGUGAUGCUGACGACGACGUGGUGAAUGACACUGUGCAUGAGCCGCCUACUCCCCCCGAUGUCUCCCCCUCCACGCCCACCAGGGUUUUUCUGAUUGAUCCAGAUUCAGAGAUGGAAAAAUGUGAUCGGGAAUGGGUCGGCGAUAACUCCAUUCACAACCCUCUGACUCCCCGUCUUCGACCCCGGGAUCCCCAUUUCGGGUUUUCAGAAGAUGCCCUGCUUCGACCCAUCGAGAUCAAGAGCUGCCGAAUCUAUCAGCGUGAUGAGGUCACGCCGACCCGUACUUGCUUGCUUCACUUGCCCUGCCUUGCACUGUUCCGCCUGCUCAUGGAACCUUUUUGCCUUGCCCCUGAUGCUCCCCCGCGCCACCUCACUGCACUCCCCGACUGGAUGCUAUCUUGGCUCCUCCUCGGACUCGUCUUGGUGAUCAGUGUCUUCACCAAGAGCCUGCUGGCCUUAUGGGCCCAAUGGAAGGAGAUGCGGCAGGACCAAGAAGACAUCCGGAAAACCUUGGCCGAACUAUGUGCCCAGAUGACGAACAUGCAAAGCCUGCUCCAGCAGGCGGUGUCACAGCAGGCCUCGCCCGUGCUCGCUGAACCGCAAUCCUUUCUGCAGCCUCUACUUCUCGAGAAAUGGAGGGAAACGAGAACUGAUCUCUUUCAGACGGUCAGGCUGUUCGGGUUGGAAGUGCAGGAAUUAAAAGAGAAGACCACACAGCUCUUCCCUUUGUUUGCCUUGAUGAGGAAGUCUGUUCUGCCACUGCAUGCAGACAUUCCUGAAGCACUCAAGACCAUGAACGAGCACCUCGGGAACCUCAGAGAUAACGUAGACAGUUUGACUACUGAAGAGCACGGGGUUUACGAAGCCGCGACCCAAGCAGUGAUGAAUGCUCUCAAGUCUCUGGAAGACCGCCUUUGGCGGGCACAAAAGGAGUUUAAGACUCCUCUGGCCGGAGCCCAAGCAGCUAUGACCCAUCCAUCGGAGCCACAAUCCAAACAGCGCCCGGCGCCCCUCAGGGAGUGCCGUCAGGAGCCAACGUGA